UCUUCCCCUAGUCGCUUGAAUACGCUCUGGGAUUGAACCAAAAACCGAUAUUAAAACCCUUUCCCCGCUUCAGCUGCGACACAGAGAAACGUCCGCGGUAAAGUUCAUAGCUAGACAGUAGUAGAAUCGUACUAGUAUAGUGACAUUUUGUAUCAAAGUCGACAAUUGAACCCGGUGACUCAUUCCAGAUAUGUCGGAUAUCAGAAAGUGGUUCAUGAAGAAACAUGACACAAGUACUGGCAAUGGUAAUGCCUCAAACUCUGCGAAGCCCAGUGCAUCGGAUAAACCUUCUUCAAAACCAGAGAAAUUGGAUGGACAAGAAAGUUCAGGUAGAAAGAAAACUAGCAAGUAUUUUGCUAAAGAUAAGGCAAAGGAAGAAAAGGAGGUAGAGGAAUCGCCUUCCAAGAGAAAGGCUCAAAGAGAUAGUGAAGAAUUAUCUGGCCAUGGUAAGCCUCCCCCUGGUAAGAAAGCCCACAAGGCUGUGGGCGAUGAUGAUGAUGAUUUUGUCUUGCCUACUCCGGGGAAGGAUCCUGCUAACAUCACACCUAGCAAAAAAUUAAAAAGCAGUUCUGGCAGGGGUGUUCCACAGAAAUCUAUAGAUAAUGACAAUGAUGCUGAUGAUGGUGGCAGCUGUGAUGGGGAUACUAAAUCUAAUCUUAAAUCUUCUGCAAGUAGGCGUGGUGGAAAAAGUUCUUUAGCAGCUCGUACAAGUGGGAGGAAAAUGGAUGUUGAUGAAAGUGAUGAUGAUGGCUCUGAUGAAAAGGAUAUUAAAACUCCUAAGCCUGGUGGACGAGGUCGUGGUAGAGGAGCAGCAGCAACACCCUCUAGUGGAAGAGGUAGAGGUGGUGGAGGACGGGGUGGAUUCAUGAAUUUUGGUGAAAGGAAAGAUCCUCCGCACAAAGGAGAAAAGGAAGUCCCUGAAGGUGCUCCAGACUGUUUAGCUGGUUUGACUUUUGUUAUUUCUGGGACACUAGACAGUUUGGAAAGAGAAGAAGCUGAGGAUUUGAUAAAGCGGCAUGGUGGUCGUGUUACUGGAUCUGUUAGCAAAAAAACGAAUUAUCUUCUCUGUGAUGAAGAUAUUGGGGGGCGGAAAUCUGAAAAGGCCAAGGAGCUUGGCACUGUGUUUCUUACAGAGGAUGGAUUGUUUGACAAGAUCCGGGCAUCAAAAAAAUCAAAGACAACACAAGAACCAAAGAAACCUAAAGAUGAAAUUCGUCCUUCUCCGAAAAAAGAAAGUCUGCAAAAGCCAGAAGCAAAGAUUAGUGUGGCUACCAAAGAACUUACCAGGGACACCUCUUCUGCUAGAAGAAAAGUCCAAUCUUCAAAGGAUACCUGUUUGCCAUGGCCAGAAAAAUACAGACCAAAGACUCCAGAUGAAUUAGUAGGGAACCAGGCAUUGGUGAAACAGCUUGAGGAAUGGCUAGUACAUUGGGAUGAUCUGUUCCUGAAUGCUAGCAAGGUGAAAGGGAAGGCAAAGAAACAGAAUGAUGCUAAUGCUAAAAAAGCAGUUCUAUUAAGUGGAACACCUGGUAUAGGGAAGACUACUUCUGCAAAGUUGAUCAGUCGGAAGCUGGGUUUCCAGGCUGUGGAGGUUAAUGCUAGUGACAGCCGUGGGAAGGCUGACUCUAAAAUUGUGAGGGGUAUUGGUGGACGUACAUCUAAUUCUAUAAAAGAACUUGUCAGUAAUGAAUCUCUUCAUGCUAAAGCAGGCCGCUCUCCACAUUCGAAGACUGUUUUGAUAAUGGAUGAGGUUGAUGGAAUGUCUGGUGGAGAUAGAGGUGGUGUGGCCGAUCUUAUUGCUAGCAUCAAGGCCUCUAAGAUACCUAUAAUCUGCAUUUGUAAUGACCGCUACAGUCAGAAGCUAAAGAGUCUUGUCAACCAUUGUUUACUACUUAGCUUCAGGAAACCCACAAAGCAACAGAUGGCAAAGAGGUUAUUGCAGAUUGCAAAUGCAGAAGGCCUUCAAGUCAAUCAGAUCGCACUUGAGGAAUUGGCAGAACGAGUCAAUGGUGAUAUGCGCAUGGCACUGAACCAGUUGCAGUACUUGUCGCUUUCUAAGUCUGUAAUUAACUAUGAUGAUAUACGACAGCGUCUCCAAGCCAGUUCAAAGGAUGAAGACAUGUCACCUUUUACAGCUGUUGAUAAGUUGUUUGGUUUUAAUGCGGGAAAGUUGAUGAUAGAUGAGCGCAUUGGCUUGUGCAUGAGCGAUCCUGAUCUUGUACCUCUCAUUAUUCAGGAGAAUUAUAUCAAUUAUCGGCCAAGUUGUGCUCCAAAAGAUGCUAAUGGAUUACAAAGGAUGAACUUGGUUGCUCGUGCUGCUGAGUCUAUCGCUGAUGGCGAUAUAGUUAAUGUACAGAUUCGAAGAUAUCAACAGUGGCAGCUCUCACAGAUGGGCUCCUUGGCAUCUUCAAUAAUACCUUCUGCUUUGUUGCAUGGGUCAAGAGAGACACUUGAGCAGGGUGAACGCAACUACAAUAGAUUUGGUGGUUGGUUGGGAAAGAACUCUACAAUGGGAAAAAAUUACAGACUUCUAGAGGAUUUGCGUUUUCAUCUCCUAGCAUCCUCUGAAUCUAUCUUGGAGAGGAGAUCUUUGAGACUUGACUACAUGACUCUUCUUCGUAAAAAGUUGACUGAUCCACUAAGAACACUGGCAAAGGAUGAAGCUGUCGAAAAUGUUGUGGAUUUCAUGGAUUCAUACUCUAUAACCCAGGAUGACUUUGAUAGCAUAAUGGAGAUAUCAAAAUUCCAGGGGCACUCAAAUCCAAUGGAUGGAAUACAGCCUGCAGUUAAAGCUGCACUGACAAAAGCAUAUAAUAAAGGAAGCAGUUCUCGUGUGAUUCGCACUGCUGAUUUAAUCACCCUUCCUGGACUGAAGAAGGCCCCAAAGAAGCGGGUUGCUGCAAUGCUGGAGCCCGUUGAUGAAAACCUAGCAGAGGAAAAUGGUGACACACUGCAAGAAGAUGAAGAAGGGAACUCAGACGCAGAGGAAGAUGAUCUACUCGAUCCCGAGAAAAAGGUGCAGUUAGAUCUCCAAAAUCUUAAUUCCAAGGGUAUUCAAGUCGAUAUGGAGAUUAAGGGUUCUGGUACAAGUGGCAAAAAGGCGCCAGCAGCAGGAAGAGGAAGAGGAAAAGCACCUUCUAAAGCUGCUGCAGAAAAGAGCAGUGGUUCCAAGAGGAAGAGAUGAAUACCCUAAACUUGCUUUUGAAAACAAUGUAAUUAGUGAUAUUUACCUCUUUGACCCUCUUGGUUUCUUGACAGAGCAAUUUGGAAUGUGGCUUUUUGGGAACAUUGUUGAUCAAGGUGGAUUUCUGGUUUUUAAUCACAGUUUAUUUAUGUCUUUGUUUGA